AGUUAUGUAAUCUCAGUAGUGCUAAUUGGUCGAGUAACUGCAACAGCUCUUGAAAAUGUGCUCACUCAUGUUGUUGACAUCGCAAUUUACAGAGGGAUUUUAAGGCAGAAUCACUUGACUUAAAAAUUGAUUAAUAAUUAUUCAAAAUUGUAAUUAUAGAACUCGGCGUUCCCCAUCGAUCUGAAAUGAGCCUUUGGACAAUUUCGUCCUUCAUAUUUUUCCGAUAAUUUCCAGUAGAAACGGUUCCGUCUUUCAGUAAUUAAAGCCUGAUAAUUUGCGAAGUUUCGCGAUAAAUUCUCAGUUUAAUCGACAGUACGAUGACUACGAAACAGACGAUCAUAGAGGAGGACGGAUUCGGGGUGAUUCCCAUCAUCACCGACGACAGCAGAAACUUCGAAAUUGUUAAGAGAUAUACCUUGACUAAUAAGACGAAAGCAUCGGUGACGCUAAUUACCUGGGGCGCGGGGAUUCAGGCGAUUCGAGUGCCCGAUAACAGAGGCAUUCUCGGUGAUGUUGUGUUGGGGUUCGAUGAAAUUGAUGGAUACUGGAAGAAUCGCCAUAUAGGGAGGACCCUGGGUCGUGUAACAAGACGACUGUCCCCCGACAUUCAAUCAAAUUUAUCAAACCCCCAGGUCCGGGGGUUCAGUCACGACGCCACUGGCUUUGACAACGUUAACUGGGAGAGCUACAUUCUCGGAAAACAAGUGGUCAUGUCUCACGUGAGUCAAAAUCACAAAAUCCACCCGGGUGAUCUGUUGAGUCAGGUGAAGUACACCUGGAGCGAUGACAACGAGCUUCUGGUUGACUUCACCGCGACUGCCACGAGACCAACAGCGGUGGACAUCACCUCCUUCUGUUUGUUCAACCUCGCAGGACAUGGUAUGGGUCCAGAAGAGCUGAACAAACACGUCGUCUCCAUUAACGCUGACAGAUACCUCCAUUCCGACGUAAGAACGAAAUUACCCAGUGGAGCCAUUCGUUCCGUCCGCAAAACUCGAUUUGAUCUACGGAAUCCUACAGAACUGAACCUGAAGAGGCUGGAGAGUAUUCCCGGAGGCGGAUACGAUCAUUUUUUAUGUGUCAAUGCUCCCAGUAUUUUAUGCUACAGAUUUCACGCCAGAAUUCUGCAUCCCGAGUCUGGCAGAUCACUAGAGGUGAACUCCAAUCAAGCCGGUGUUCAUUUUUACACAGCGAAUGAUUUUCCCUAUCCCAGGGAAGAUUUAUAUUUUUGGGACAGGGGUGAGAGUCCCUGCGGGAAAACCAGGAAUAGCGAUUCCCGAGUAGACGGGGGUAUCUCCGCUAAGAGUGGCGUUGUGUACAAAAGACACGCAGGAUUUUCCUUCUCCCCCCGAAAUUACCCUGACCCCGUGAAUUUUAAUCACUUCCCAACAAAUAUACUCAACGCUGGAGGUGAAUAUCACCACACGAUGGGGUUAAAAUUCGACGUAAAAAAUAAGUGAAAAAAUGAAAGACACAUAUUGUUUUCUGGUAUAAAUAACAUGUAUUCUCAAUUGAUCUAAUGGAUAAAAAUUAAAAUUCUACAUAUAUAAUCUUUCAAUUGGCUUAUUUGUAC